GUUAUGCGUUUGGAAAGGUUUACGAUCUUAAUGAAUACGUCCUGGAUACGGACGCAUGCAACGCAAGUAUACAAUGCGUUAGGUGAUGGAUAUUUAGGUGCGUCGUUCGCCGUCCCAGCUCAGGAUUGUCCAGAACAUAUCCCAGAUCAUAGCGAGAAUUGCGUAUUGCAGUACAAGCUUGAUCAGUGUUGCUCUACGGGGCACGUUUGUGGUGAUGAUCGUAACAAGCUAAUACGGUGUAACCUGGCGGGAAGUUCCUACUACGAAGAGGAAGAAAUAGAAAUACCUGGUGAUCCUUGCCGGUACUGUAUUUGUGCUGCUGGGUUUGAUAAAAACCAUUUAUCCAAUUACGAAAAUUGCUUAGAGGUUACGUGUCAGUUCGAGUUGUAUGGAAAACUAGACAGGGGAGCUAUUCCCGUCUACCUUGAUGGCAGCUGCUGUUCGGAGGAAUGGAGAUUGCCUAAUUCUGCCGAUAAACUGGUGAAAAGUGCUGUAGCAGUUGAUAAUCCCACCCUUCAGUGUAAAUAUGGAGACAUAACAAUGAAUGUAGGAGAUUCACUGGAGCCUAUUACGACUUCAGUUGAAACCUAUCAGUGGCGCUGUGCGAUUCAUCCACCCGCGCAUUGCAAAAUUGCAAAAACAGGUUCUUAUUAAUGAUACUUCCAUUGUUCAUGAAGUCUUUGUCAACGAAAUAAACGAGAAAAAUACACCAGACCCAACAAGUACCGUUCCUAUA